AUGCUUAGACUUAUACAGUAUGACAUUGAAGUUGUAUAUAAGAAGGGCAAGGAGAUGUACAUAGCUGAUACUUUAUCUCGUGCAUACUUGCCUGAUGAUACUGAACACAAGGAUAGUUUUGCUAAGAUUAAUGCUGUUGGUCACCUAAGAAUUAGAGAAGAAAGGCUUAAACAGCUAAAGAAAGCCACUGAAAUGGAUGAUACUCUGCAAACUCUGAAAUCAGUCAUUCUUAAAGGAUGGCCAGACUCGAGACAGGAACUGCCUACUCAGGUUACACCAUACUUUUCAUAUAGAGAUGAACUGACCUUACAUGAUGGAUUGAUCUUCAAGGGAGAACGAGUCAUCGUUCCUGAGAGCAUGCGUAAGGAGAUCAAAGACCAUCAUCACAUAUCACAUCUUGGAGGUGAGAGUAUGUUAAGACGUGCACGUGAAUGCAUAUUUUGGCCUGGUAUGUCUGCAGAAAUCAAACAGCUAGCAAGUGUUUGUGAUGCCUGUCAAACAUUUGCUAAAGCUCAACAGAAAGAAACACUCAUAACUAUAGAAGCUAAAGCACCAUGGGAAAUUGUUGGUGUUGAUUUAUUCUCAUGGAACAACAAAGACUACCUACUAACAAUUGACUAUUUUAGUGGAUACUGGGAAGUUGACCUUCUUAAGAAAACUGACUCCCCUGCAGUGAUUAGGAAACUGAAACAACACUUCUCAAGAUAUGGUGUUCCUGUACAACUAGUCAGUGAUGGAGGACCUCAGUUUGAUGCCAAAGAGUUUGAGGACUUUGCUUAUGAAUGGGACUUUGAGCAUAAUCUAUCUUCACCUGGGCAUCCAAAUGCAAAUGGAAAAGUUGAGUCUGGGGUAAAAGCAGCAAAGGCUAUGCUCUCAAAAUGUGCUCAAGACAAAACAGACCCCCAGCUAGCACUCCUUGAGAUAAGAAACACACCAACCCAAGGAGCAGGAAGCAGCCCAGCCCAAUGCCUUCUCAAUCGUCGAACUAAAUCUAUAUUACCCAUGACUGAUGUACAACUCCAACCUAGGGGAAUGGAUUUUCUGAAGGAGGACCGGUGUCGGCUCAAGUUGGAACAACAACGACAGUGUAAGAACUAUAACAAGAAUGCUAAGGAUCUUGGAAUUUUGCAAGAGGGGGAUACUAUCAGACUGAAACCUUUUAGAAAAGGCAACAAAAAAAUGGGAAAAGGGUGUGGUUGUUAG